AUGACCGACGCUUUCGCCGCUCCUGACUUGCUCCGCGUGCUCGAGACCUCGUUUGCUCCCGGUAGGCCUUGAAAAUUAAACUUUUUGAAAGUUUUAAUUUGUUUUUUUAUUAAUUUUUUCAAAAAUUGUUGUAAAAUCAACAGAAUCGCCCUUAAACUUCUAAAAUAUUGAAGAUACGCACUCUUUUUAAACUAAAAUAUUUUCAUUUGAAUUAUUUAGUAUGAUUUCAGAUUUUCAUUGUUACGUUAGUUUAAAGAAGCAGCUCUCAUUUAUAAUCACUUAGGUUUUGACAUUUACAUAAAUUUUUUCAUCUCUUGUUGCUUGAUUAAUAUCGUUGUACCUUUUUUUCAGCUGUAAAAGAUGUCGGACAAACUGGUACUACACUUGAAGAAUGUCACAGAGGUAUUGUUUCUAAGUUAACCAUAUUUGCCUUUAAAUUAUGUGUUUGAAUAACUAUAAAUAUUAUUUUUACAAUUAAAAAUGGUAGUUUUAAUACACCUUCAGUUCCUUCGUUUUGUAAUUUCAAAUUUAAAUACAGUACUUUAAUAUCGUAGUUUGUUGUAAUUUCAGAAUAUCAGAAGGCAUUUGAAGCUCAUUUGAAAUCACUUCGGAUUCUGGCAGAAUCCGGUCACGGUGAAUUGGAACAGGCAAAUCAGUUUUGUAAAGAACUGACUGACAUUGUGACUGUUUUUGAGAAACUUCAAACCCAUCAGGAGAAAUGGGUAGGUUCACUGUGUUUUGAACUUGAAAAUAUAAAAAAAAGUUUGAUUUUAAAUGUAAAGAUGAAAUCUAUGACCAUCAUAUUUCAGUUCCAACACUUUAUCUAUCUUCUGAAGGCCAUCGUCAGAUUCGGCUACACGGAGAAGGACAGAGUCAAGAAGAUGACUCACAGUUAUUUCAAAGAGGAGAAGAUUGUCGCCAAAAACAGUAAGAAGAACCAUGUAAGUGCAGUUAAGCUUUGAACAAACAUUUUAGUCAUCUAACAAGCAUUUGGGCUGGUUUCUCAAUUAAUUGAUAGCAAACGCAAGCAAAUGCAAAUGCUUCGAAUAUUAAAAACAAACUUUAUUUUUUGUUCAACAUUCAGAAGUUAAAAAGAAGCUUUGAAUACGGUUGUUAAAUGAUAAAAAUAAUCAUCUUAAUAAAAAUUCAGUACAUAAAAAAUUAAUUUUCAGAAUCCUGCUCAUCUAGCUCUAUAUCACACCGAUCGAUACCAAACGGCCCAGAAGCAAUAUUGCCAAAGAUACGCCUAUUUCGCUAAGAAUUACCUCGAAUUACUCCGGAAACUGAAAGAAUCGUUCAAGGUUCAGAUAGAAGAUGCUGAGAACCAACUUCUGAUCUCGGAUUCUGCUGAAGCGUUGAAGAAUCUGGAGGAAGUUGUCAACAUAAACGACACUUUAAAGUCCAAACUCUCAAUUGCUGCCAUUGUGAAUGCUGCUCAUGUGGAUCAACCUAUCAUCUAUAACAACAACCAUGACCAAGUUACUAGACAAAGCAGUAAUUACAGCCGUUCUCAGAUAACCGGAGUUACAAACAGUGAGGUGGUGGAGACACAAGUUGUAGGUAAUGGAGUUGAACGUGUUGUGGGGGAAGAGACUGAAGUUAAACAUGUCCCACUAACAACUCAGAACAGCGACAGAGGUCGCGACACUCACAUUCUUCACGUUAAUCACAAUAUCAAUGGAGUGCAAGAUACCAAACCUUAUUCUAAUGGAGUUCAAGGUUCACAACAAGAGACGAGCAGAAGAGAUAGUCAUCAUAAUGUCAACAUACGAUACGUGGGUCCAAUUCAUGUGGAUACUACAGAGAAAGCAGAAGAUACCAAGUAUCAGCCAACCGCUGGUUUUGUGGGAAAUGAUCCUAUUAUAGUUGAUCGGAAUGACGCUUAUCAUUCGGAGAUCAUAGCUGAUGAAGCUGAAGAAGUUACUCCAAUUAUCACACAAGAUAUACGACCAGUAGUUGUUGAUGUUGAAGAUCAUGAUCGGACUGGACGCAAUGAAUAUAUUGUUCAUGUAAGUUUAAUUAAAAACACCAAAAAAGGUUUAAAGAAAAUGUUAAAAAAAUUAUUCUCACUUGAUAGUACCUAAAAUAACAUAUUUUGUUCAAAAAACAUUUUGUUGUGCUUAUUUACAGACGACAACAACAUACACACAAUCAGAAAAACAAACGUCUAAGAACCCGUCAGCUCCCAGCACUCCACAUUCAGUACGUCGUACUGACAACGUUCAAACAGCUUCAGUUCAAACGGAAGCUCAAGCUGUACCUAUUGUACCAGUUGAAAGAGUCGCGGUUAAACCCGUCGAUGUGGCUUCUCACAGUCCUCCACGACAAAGAUACAGUUGCCGAUCUUAUGAAGAAGGUAAACAUAUUAUUGUUGGUUCUGGUGGCUAAUAUUUUCUUUAUCGAGUUGUUGAGCCUAAAAUACAAUUUUUUAAAAGUUAUUGCUAAAUUUGAUAUUAGAAUACGAAGUUUAAGGAGAAUAUAUAUACUUUUGUUUCAGAAACCCGACCACAACCUCGCCACGAGUACGAGUACCUAGCUGGAGCCAAACGACCAAAAGUGCUGCCUCCAGGCAUCUACAAGCCAACUCCAAUCACGGGUCUUUUACCUAAAGACAACUACGACAACAAGCAGAACGACCGGUACGAAAAGUUUGAGAAUCGGUACCAGAAUGCCAGCUAUCAUCCCCAAUAUGUCAGACCUAAUAAUGUUUACGACACUGACAGACCUUUUUCAAGGCAUUCGCGACAGAAUUCAGAAGUACUCGGAUACCACACUAGAAAUCAUUCUGUUGACAGUGUCAAUUUCAAUCGUAAGUUUGGAAUUGGUCAUAUUUGUUUUAAUAUUGUAAAUUAUGAUAUUAUGUAUACCUCUAUGAUGUGAUUGACAACUUUCAGAACCAAUCCCACUAGCAGGAAUGCACAGUUUAAGACAACCACCACCAAAGUAUAUCAAACCUUCAGAUGCUCGUAAGUAAAGGUUAUAACGAAAUUUCAAAUACAGUACUCUCUCUAUAUAAGCAACCUGUCGCGAAGUUGCGAGUUAAGAAAUACAAAAACAUGUUUACAAAAAUAUAGAACCGAUCCACAACAAAGAAGGUCUUUUUUAUCUUGCAAAAACUGUUUAUAGUUAGGCCGAUUUGGCCAAAAACUGAAGUCUCUAACCAACUAUACCGCGGAUCGGUCGUAUUUUAUAUUUUUGGAUAAAUAAAUAUUUUAUAUACUGUAACUAGCUAAUAAUACUAAUAUUCAUAAUAAUUUUAUGACACAACCCGAAGGGACCGACAUUUUGUGUUUACUAUAAGGGGUGUUGUCUUUACAGAGAGACUUUUUAGUGCAAAUUGACUUGGCGGGACCAGAUUUCUUGUUUACUAUAAGGAGAGUUGCUUAUACAGAUGGUUCACUACAUAGAGAGACCACUGUAUAUUUCAAUGUGAUUGGUGAUAACUUAUUGCUGAUUACAAUGCUUUUAGCUCGGCCAUUAUUUUCAACGUCAAAUUAUGGCCGAUGGCUCGAGGUGGUGACUAGUUACGAAGCUCAAGGUGAACAUCAAUUAAGUCUGAAUUCUGGAGAUCGAAUCAAACUGAUCAAAUCUGGUACUCGCGGUUGGGUUCUUGGGCGUACUAUCAAGGGACGGUAAGUAUAGAAAUGUUAUAGUAACUCAUAUUUUGCAGCUAAAUAUAUAGCAUAACUUGUUUAAGGUUUUUUUACUAUGACUUUUUAUAAAAACUAAUGCUAGUCAAGUUUUAUCUUAAUAUAAAAUAAAAUGGUAUUUCAGACAAGGAUGGUAUCCAGCGAAGUUCUUGAGACUGCACUAG